AUGCCUACAGCAACGUCGGUCCUCCAGGAGUCCCUCGAGAGACACAAUGAAGUCUUCGAGUCUCUCCUGAAGCUUAUCCCGGCGAAGUAUUACCUCGUGCACGAGGAUACGGAGGCACAGUAUGCCUCCAAGUACCAAAAGAACAGCAAGAAGCAGAAGGCUCCUAAGCAAGCCAUCAAGGAGGCCUCCAAGAAAGCUAAGAAAGACAAGCUUGACCCCGCAAACAACAAAACGAUCAUCGACCUUCAAAACGAGGCCCUAGCCGCUCGCUCGGACGAGCAGAGGGGCAGCAGUACCAGAAGCAAAGGCAAGCGGAAAGCCGCCGCGCUCGAAGAAGAUGACGACACGUACGCUGACUCGGAUGCCAUGCACCUCGACGCUCCCAUAUCCGAUGCUGACGACGACGACGAGCACGACGAGGAGACGGGGGAAGCUAUGGACACUGACGCCGCGCCGGUGCCCAUGCCUGAAUCGGGCGGAAUCGCCGCUUUGAGGGAGAAGCUGCACGCACGGAUGGCGCAGCUGCGGAACAGAGGCAGGGGACGGGGUAUGCAGGGUGGAGAGCCGAGUAGCAGGGACGAGCUGUUGGAGGAGCGGAGACAGCAGCGUGCGGCUAUGCGCGAGCGGAGGAGGAAGGAGACGAAGGAGAAGAUCAGGCAGCAGGAGGAGCGCAAGGGCAAGGAGAGGGAUAAGGGGAAGGAGAAGCAGCAGCAGAAGGGUCCUCAGACGAAGACCCAGCUGCUCGUCCCUGACUCUAGCAAACCCGGCCACCAAGAUCCGCAAUCGAAGCUCACCUCCAUCACCUUCUCCAACCUCAACGCUUCCUCCUCCACCAAACCCCCGAAAUCAAAGAAAAACCUUCCCACAACCGCGUCCAACCCCGUUCAAGCCCUUUCGCAGCUCGAGAAGCACAAAGAAAAACUCGCAGCCCUCCCAGAAGCGGAACGCGCCGCCCGUGCGGAGCGCGAGAAGUGGGACAAGGCCAGCGCGCGCGUCGAGGGCGUCAAGGUGCACGACGACGAGGCGCGACUGAAGAAGGCCGUGAAGCGCAAGGAGAAGCAGAAGAGCAAGAGCAAGAAAACGUGGGACGAGCGUAAGGAGCAGGUCCAGAAGAGCAUGGCGGCACGCCAGCAGAAGAGGACAGACAACAUCGCCGCGCGCGCGGAGAGGCGGAAGGGCGGGGGCAAGGGGAAGGGGAAGGACAAGGCGCGACCUGGGUUCGAGGGCAAGUCGUUUGGGAAGGGCAAGGGUAAGGCGAAGGCAAACAAGUAG